GCGAACCGCACCAGAGUCCGUUUGGAAGCGGACCGAGACCACCUCAAAAAGUGGGUCUCGGUCCGGUUGUUUGGUCCGGACCAGGGUUCGUUUGAAUGUAUUUACACCUCCGCAAAAGAUCCGGAACAAGGGGGGAAACGAACUCUGGUCCGUUUAUAGCGUUUAAAGUGGCAAGUGUAAAUACACCCUCAGAGAAGGACGGACUAUUCAGAGAGAGAGAGGAGGCUGGGAUUUCUUUUAAAACACUCCCUUCAUCGUCCUGCCCCAUUUUUUUUUUCAUGAUUUGUACACUUGUUUCUCCGAAGACAUCUUCACUGUGUUUUCCUUCUAUUUACUUAGAGCUGUUGAGAGAUAUAGACCGUUUUCUUACUUUCGCUUGGACGUGAACAGAAAGCUAGGUUUCGCCUUCGACGGGUCCUCCUGCUGCAGGGUUGUUCUGUCUUCAGUAUUACUGUGGAAAGCUUGUGAAGAAAGGAAAGAAGCAAACAGUCACAUGAGAAGGCUCUGGGGAGAAUAUUUGUCCCCCCGCCUUCUAAUGGCCACCCAGGCAGUUUCCAUGGACCAGGUAUGACUGUCAACCACCACAAAAAUCCAACUCUCCACCAGCUUCUUCUUCAUACAGAACAGCAAGCUUGAGAUGAGCCAUAUCUCAUCACAUACCAACUAGACCCGGCGCGCUGCAGAUGGAUGAGCUUGACGGCCAGCGGGUGAAGCUUUUCACUGAUGACCCUGGAUUGUUGGCUCCUUCCUUGGCUGAGGCAAUCAACCUAGAAGACUGCCAUUAUGCUCAGCUGCAAGCUGAUCUUGAGUGGGAUGCCCACAAUCUGGAGGCGGAGUCCUGGAGCUUGGCUGUGGACCAGAACUACCUGAUGUCCAUGAACAAAGAGGCUGGUAAAAGGCAGGACGUCAUCUACGAGUUGAUCCAGACGGAGAUGCACCAUGUGCGCACCUUAAAAAUCCUUUUCCACAUCUACAUGUACGAGCUGAAGCAGUCUCUUCUCGUAGACGAUGCUUGGCUGGAAAAGCUCUUCCCCGGCGUGGAGGUUCUCCUCAGCCUCCACAUGCACUUCUUUAACUUCCUCAAACUCCGUCAAAAGCAGAGUCAGGACGAGGAAAAUCCAAAUAACUUCUGCAUCACGCAGCUGGGGGAUAUCCUCAUCAAUCAGUUUUCAGGUAAUCUGGGAGAACAGAUGAUGGUGGUUUACAGCCAUUUUUGCAGCCAUCACAGCGAAGCUGUCAACUUCUACAAAGAACAGACGCAGAACAACAAGAAGCUGCAGAUUCUGAUUAGAAAAAUCGAUCAGCUGCCUCUUGUGCGAAGAUUAACAAUUCCUGAAUGCUUCUUGCUGGUGACUCAACGCAUCACAAAAUAUCCCAUCCUGCUUGAACGAAUCAUCCAGAACACAGAUGCCGACACAGAUGAGUGUAAACAUCUGGAGAACGCUUUGGAGCUGAUCAAGCACACCAUCUCCCAGGUUAACACUCAGGUGAGUGAAUAUGACAAGAUUGCCCGCAUCAGAGAGAUCAGCUAUCGGCUGGAGCCAAAGACUCCGAUCCGGCUGAUGGAUGACCAGUGGUUCCGUAGAGAGGAUCUGAUCCAGGGCAACAAGACGCUGCUGUAUGAAGGAGCCCUUACCUGGAGGUCCUCUGGUAAACAGAAAGCAAUCCAGGCGGUGCUGCUGUCUGACAUGCUCCUUCUGUUACAAGAGAAAGAUCAGAAGCUUGUGUUAGCAGCCAUGGAUAACAAGCCACCGGUGAUCUUCCUGCAGAGAGUGAUCGUCAGGGAAGUGGCCCAUGAGGAAAAAGGCAUGUACAUCAUCUGUGCGUCUACCUCUGGUUUGGCCGGAAUGUAUGAGCUCCACACCGGCUCCAAAGAUGAGUGCCAAACCUGGAUUAACCUCAUACGCGAGGCUGUGGAUUGUUACAGAGAUAAUGAAAUGCACAGUGAAAUGAUGGCUAAACUGCAGUGUUUUCAAGAUUUGCUGCAGCAAAAAGACAACCAGAUUAAGCAAAGUCUGGAAGAGAAGCAGCAUGUCUUUGCCACACUUUAUAAUCAUGUGGUGGGUCGGGAAGCCCCUUCCAGAGGGCUGCUUCUGCGAGGUGAUUCUUCUGACCUCCAGCAGGGGGAGGCCUUGUUAAGUGGCGCCAUUGAAGAGUUGGAGAAGUUGCAGAACCUGCUCUUUUUGAGGAUUAAACACCUAGAUGUUCCUGUGGAGGAGGAGACUGAGAUACAGCAAAGUGUGAUCAGGAGGGCAGAGACCUUUAAAGGAACAUCUGAUUACCCUGUAGCUAACAGCAUGAAAUAUGAAGAUGCAGCUGAGAAGGCAGAAGGCAGGUCAAGUAACUGUGACCACCUGCUCAAGAACUUGUCAAUCUCUGAAGACCUGGAGAAGUCUGCAGACGAUGAAAGUGAAACCCACCAACAGCUACACUGUAGUUCAACCUCCAGUAUCUUCCCUAAGACUGCGGUGUUUGAUAGUGUUGAGAUGCUCACACAGACGCUCUACAGCUUAAAAGCACUCAUCGCCCAGCAGGACAGCAGGAUUGAACUGCAGAGGGUCUUCCAGUCAAAGAGCAAGCUGCCCGUCCGUAGCAACAGCAGCGUGCUGCUUGAGCAGGAGAAGCACCGCAACCUGGAGAAGCAAAGGGAGGAGCUGGCUAAGCUGCACAAGCAGCAGGUACAGCAUCAAGCGGAGCAGCAGCGCUGGGAAAAAGAAAAGGAGAAGCAGAGGAUGCUGAUUGAAGGUCAGGAAGCUGAGCUGCAGCAGCGACAGGAGGAGUGCAGGAAGAUGGAGGCAGCGCUGAAAGAAGAAAAUUUAGAGCUGAAAAUGCUUCGGGAAACUUACCAAGAGGACUUGGAGAGACUGAGGGAGACCACAAGAAAACUGGAUAGGGAAAAGGAGCAAGUUAAUCGGGAAAAGGAACGUUUAGAGAAGAUAAAGUCAAAGCUCAUCCCCAAUUAUGACGAUCCAACACGGUCCUCUACGCUCUCUGCUUUCCCAUCAUUCAGGAGCACCACAGUAAACGGAGGUGGGACUCUGACCCAACCUUCAAACCCUCUUGUCUUCACUGGUAAUUUUCCUGAUCCAGCAGACACUCCUCCGCUGGUUCCACCCCGGAGGGAGAGCAUCAGCCCUCGGCCGAACAAACAAAGGCUGCCCGUUCAGUUGAUCAGCACCACCAACGAGGUGCAGAAACCCGCAGAGGUGCAGCAGAAGAUUCCCAGGAAGCUGGCUGCCGAGGCCAAAGGAAAAGGAAAAACCUUGAAGGCGAAGCACUCCCACAAGAGGGCCCACAGUGCAGGUCAGAAACCUGCCAACAUAGACGUAAGCCAGGUGGUGCCGAUCCGAGUGACAGGGAAGGACGGGGGCAGUUUAAAAACCCAAACAAACACCGGUCAAAGUAGGGUCUUAAAUUCAGAUACCUUCAGGCCACCAGGAUCUGGGCAAAAUAUGAAACCGUCUCAGUCGUUCAUCGCACCAAAGUGGAACACCAUGGAACUUCCUCCACCACCAGCACCACCUCCCUUUCCAAAAGACAUACUUUCACAAGAGCAGGAGAAGAUAAUAGUUAUUUAAUGGAGAGCUUCGGGAGUCUGGAUGUGUCCCUCAGCAUGUAGGCUUACAGCACACAACACCAGGAUGACCAGCAAGAGGACAUUUUAAUGCAGAUGAAAAAGUGUUGCACAUUUUUCAGAGACUCUUUGGGGAGAAAAAAAUAUCUAAAACGUUUUGCCUUUUUGUAAAUGUAAAAAAUAUAUAUCUGUGUUUAACUGAUAAUUUUAAUACACAAAAACUCUGCCCUAAAGUUUUUUUUAAUUUUUAUUUUAAAUGAAAGUAAGUUUUCUUUAACUGUUCAGCACCCGACUCUUCAGCUUUCCUUUAAUUUUAACUACAGUGAUGUGUGUACAGCUUAGAUUUAACAAGUUUACGUCUGUAAAUAUAAAUGGGCCAUAUGAUCUCCAGAUUUCUUCUGUGCGUCUGCUUCUCACUUUGUGCACAGAUCAGUCAGUCCUACUUGUUAUUGAAAAUGAACAAAUCCAUGUAAAUAGAAGCAGAUUUUGCAGACUGUACACACAGUAUUGACCUGGGAUAUUUUAGCUUCCAACAAACCCGUCCGAGUUUAUAACGACGCUGGUUCUGACUGGUGAUGUUUCAGUUUAGUAAAACAUCAUGAAGUUUCUGGUGGAAACACAAUAAAACAUCAACUGGUUUUGUGUAAAAUAGUCAACAAACUUCAUCUGUACAAUCAUGCAAUUAAAAUGGUUUAAAUCAAGAAGUCAAAUCUGUUCAAAACUGCAAGUGCCUUCAUGAUGCUUCAUGUUCAUGUUUUAAGCGUCUUUACCUCUUCCAUGAUGUGGUAAAUCUCAGUUACUUUAUUUAUGUUGUUUAAUUGAACUUUUUAGGAGCAUUAAAAACAAGUCUGUUUAGAUAAAUCUAAGAAAAGUUCUUGUUCUGUAAGAAAAAACUAAUAUAUUAUGAAGUUUAAUGGAAAAUGCACCUGACCAUGUUUGUCCAUCUAGGUAUUGGUUCAAUAACCAUUCAUCAACCAAUA